UUGAUGUCGAGGUCGUAUGAUCGUUUGUAAUUUUUUUUCCUCACCAAGUUAGUUUUGUGUCGUGCAACACCCUGUGGCCGAUAGACACGUCAAAUUUCUACAAGAUUGGCCGGAUUUUAAACUGUCACUGGAUUGUAACUCAACAGUGUCAACAAUUGGGCGUUAUUGGUUGUUUUGGGGGCUUUUUGGAAACGGGGUUGUCCAUACAACCGGGGAAAUAUUGAAUUCCAGGCACGAUGGCGGACUCAGGGGCCUGGGCUCCGGUCCAUGAUAAUGAAUUUCCCACUUUUCAAGCUAGUGAUAACUUCAAUCUUAACGAAAUGACGGGAUUCGAUGAUUUGUUGAAAAACUGUGAAAGUGAGUUGAUGAAGAACGAGAACCUCUUCAACGACGACAGCUUCCUCUCCGACCUGGGGGAGCCAAUUCCCAUGGAGAGUGAGUUCGACUUCCUGACGAUGACUCCAGAGAAUCCCCCGAACUUCAAAGACGAAGAUAUGCUUGAAAAAUUCGUAGAGCCCAACAUGAUAAUGAUUCCUCCAGAGGACACACGUAAUCGCAAGAGCUCCACGCAGAUGGUGCGUCCAGGGCAGCCCCAGCCCCCAGAAUCAGCAGCAGCAGCUCGUCCCCAACGAGCACCCCGAAUAUCAGUGGUACAGCAGGCAGCACAUCCCCUAUUCACCCCCCAGCAGUACACAAUCCCAUCAAACGUUAACUUCAACGUGCAAUCCCCAGUGGUGACUCUGGCACCAGUGACAGGUCAUCAGCGUCAACUGUUGCUGCCAGCGAAGCUGAUAAAAUCAGAGUCUGUGGUAUACCCCAGAGGCUCACAGGCUGUAACAUCUACUCCAGUUCCUCAUCAAAUCCACACCCUCGUUAACACAGCGAAUGGUACAGUUCUCGCAACAGGAAUUCCAGUGGUCCUGGACACUGACAAGGUCCAGAUAAACAGAAUAAGUACCAACGGUACUCCCCUAGGUGUCCCAAAGGUUCGAGAAGUAAAGAGAAGCGCUCACAAUGCGAUAGAACGUCGAUACAGGACCUCGAUAAAUGAUAAGAUAAUUGAACUCAAGAACAUGAUCGUUGGAGUCGAUGCUAAACUCAAUAAAUCAGCAAUCCUCAGGAAGACAAUUGACUAUAUAAGAUUCCUCCAGAACUCAAACGCGAAACUAAAAGCUGAGAACAUGACUCUGAAGAUGGCAGCUCAGAGGCAGAAUCUCAGGGAGCUCUUAUCCAUCGGUGAAUUGACACCACCGAGAUCUGACACCAGUGAGCCCUCGCUAUCUCCAGUUCCGACAAUGCCUCCUUUAUCGCCAGCCUCUCCAGCGUCAAUUAAAGAGGAGCCGGAGGGACCUCAGCAUACGUUAAUGACCGAGAGAGCCUCCUCUGUUUCCCCAAAGACCAUUUCUGGGCUAAGAGACAAUACUCGUCUCACUCUAUGUGCAUUCCUUCUCAUUUGCCUGGCCUUCAAUCCCCUCGGGAUUGUCAUAAACAAUUUUGGAAAACUAUCAGAGGACGAUUAUGCAGCGACGAGGGUUGAUGGAAGGACAAUCCUAAGGCAUGAGGACAGCAGAGAGAGUGAUGAAUACUUUUUACCGAGGACGAUGUGGGGCCUGGAGAAUAUGAUUGUCUGGUUUAUUAAUAUCUUGUUGCUGGCUGGAGGCCUCUGUCGACUAAUUGUGUAUGGAGACCCAGUGAUUCCCACCGAGAGCAAGACCUUCCUGGAGCUUCGUCGCUGGCGACGUCAAGCAGAGUUCAAUAUGUCCCUGAAUGAGCACGAAAAAGCCCAGUCAGAUCUCAGCCAGUGUCUCAGGUGCUUCGGACGUUCGCUGCCAUCCUCGAGGAUCGAGAUCUACGCAGCAACACUUUGGCAGAUCGUCAGACAGAUACUGCACAAGCUGUGGAUUGGCAGGUGGGUCCUUAACGUGGGUAAAUGGCUCUCGGAGAAAAAAGAGAGAAGUCAAGCUGAAACAUCAGCUGCAGAGCUAGCGAUUGCAUACGAGAGGAUCCUAAGUCUUCGAUUAUCUCAGGGCCCUCAGUUAACUGCGGGCACUUUGUUCCUGGCGCUGUCAUCUGUCAAUUACGCAGAAGCUGCCGGUGAAAAUAUCAAUAAGAUCUGUCUCACUGAGAUUUACAUAAAUGCAGCUCUUGCGUUCAAACAAUCCAUGCUUCCUCUUGUACACAAAUAUUACAUUGCCAAGGGAAAGAAUUUAUUGGCUAGUGCUCCAGUGGUUCCUGCCAAGUUCAAGUGGCUGAUGACUGAGGAGGGAUUUAGAUUCCUAACAUCUAAUACGUGGCAGUAUGCGAGGCCAAUUAUCACAUGUGCAGGUCCAGUUGAUGGUAAAACAACUGGAAGUGGUGGCUCGAUCUCUGCUAUUACCUCAGGGAAUGCCAGUGGGAAUAAAUCCUAUGACGAGUUCACCUCUCAGGGAAGCAGAACGGACGCCCUAGCUUACGCUGCGAGGGCCUACAGGGAACACCUGAUCAGCCAGUGUCUUAAAUUGGUUGCUGGAACAGCUACCAAUGGAGAUGCACAUGCUUCGACGAUGCUCCAACUGUCGAAAGCUGUUGUGGAGUCUGCUGAUGUCGAGUGCUAUCUAUCUGCGGAUGAGGGCACCGGGGGUACGUGUGAGGAUGCUGUAGGUCUGUGGUGGGGUGCUGUUCUGUGGGCAGCUGCUUGCUGGAGGCUCGGUGAAGAGGACUUCACACCCUGGACCAUGGCUGAAGCCAAAUUCCCGAGGGAGAAGAAUUUCAGUGAGAACUCUGGAGGCAGUCCUCUACCUGAUGCUGUCCUCUGCGUUGUUCAAGCUGCUAAACGACCUCGCAGUAGGAGCUCCAUCAGGCUCAUCGAUCAGGCUGGGAAACACCUUGAACACUCGUUAGUUUAUUAUAACUGCAAGCAGCAACCAUCGCAGAAUGUUCAGCUGGUGCAUUUGUGGCUCUGUGACUGGCUGCUGGAGCUGAGGACCAUCCUCUGGCAGGAAUUGUGGGAUAGUCAGUCCAGUUCUAGCCCCACCCCAACGACCACCAGUACUUUUCUCGCUGGAUUCCAAUGCGAUCUGGCACGUCUACGAAAACUCAGUCGAGAUAUUCCGUCUGUUCUGCCCAGAAUUUUCUUAUACGAAGCCACUGCAAGGAUAAUGGCUGGGGCAGCUCCAGUGAAAACCCAAAUUUUGCUAGACCGCAGUCUGCACCACAGGAAUUCACGAUCUUCCAUAAUUUGCGGUAAAGAUCGAUCUCAGGAGAAUGCCACUGGGGAGAGAGAGCAUGCAGCCGCCUUGUGCUUAGCCUGUCGACAUCUACCAGCCCUUCUGCUUGCAUCACCAGGAGAACGAGCUGGAAUGCUCGCUGAAGCAGCCAAAACACUCGAGAGGAUAGGAGAUCGUAAAAGAUUGCAGGAAUGCUACGAACUUAUGCGUCAACUGGGCCCAGCCAUCACUGCUAAUUAAACUCCAUCAAUGGUUUCAAAUUAGCAACGAAAAAAUUUUCUUUCCCCGGUUAAUCAAUUUAUAAGGAAAAGUUCAUUGAAAUUAUGUCAAUUGAUA